UUCUGCACUGUGUAUUUCAACAUUACCUACAAUACUGUCAUGUCCCAAUGUGAUGAUGUGCUCUCCUUUUAUCUGACUAUCCAACACACAGCCUCGACCACCGGUCCCACCCCGUCGUGCGUGGAGCUAUCGGUGGCUAAGUGUCCAGACUUCUCAGGGUAUGCGAAGAAGACAGAUAAAUUGGACAAGGCCUUCAGCUACACGGAGAUGGUGUGUGCAGGCACAGAGAGCGACAACACCUGCAGUGGAGCAGCGGGCGGUGGUAUGGUCUACAACUCCAUGGUGUACGGUGUGGUGAAGGGGAGCACCAAGGCAUCCUGCUCCGGCCCUAUCAAGUUCACCAGCAUCUGCCCCUACAGGGACUGGAUCCUCAAGACCAGGGGCAAGAAAUAAAGAGUUGCUCUCCAACAGGGGUGGGGAACCUACUGUAGGCUAUCUCUGGAUGGCCGUUUUCGGCCACUGAGGCCAUUUUAUCCGGCCCCACAUAUCAUUUUAAUGUAAUGCAGUUUCAAAUGAAAUAUGGCAUGUUUGUAAAGAAAUCUUAGAAAUUACAUUUGCAAUACAAUGAAAUUAUAGUGAAUGGACGUAUUGAAUGUAUCGUCUGCUGUAAAUGUGGCCACCUUCAGUAUAGGCCUUAAGUGCAGGGGGAAACCCUGGUUUGUGUUCAUGAGGUAGUACGGCCCUUGGAGGACUUAAUAAAAUUUGAAUCAAUCUCUUGAAUGAAAAAGGUUCAACACCCCUGCUUUGCAGCAAUGGCAAGUCGACACACGUACUGCCUUUUUUUGUGCGAGAAUAAAGCAAUGUCAUGCUGU